CUCUGGUCGGGUUGGGCAAAACCUAACUAGAGAAAGAGCGUAAUAAACAAGACAUAUCUGAUCAACCCGACCCACUUUAACCUCUUUGUUGGCCGCGUAACAUGUUCUAACGCGGCCAUCUCACAAAGAACAUACAUUAAACAAAACCCACAAGAACCAAGAAAGAAGAACCCUAGUUUGCAUUCACAAGCCACAUCUCAUAACAUAUUAGCUUGAUAUACACGUCAAGUGAUAUAUAUAAAAGAUGGUGAGAAUAAGAGAAAACCUUACAUUUUCGGUCUCAACACCGGCGCUUCGAGAGGUCAAAACGGCGGCAACAACGCCUUUAGCCUCACAGAAACCAAAACAACGGUUAACAAAACAACUAUCUAUGUGUGAGUCACCAAGAGACAUUGCUUGGGAAAGAAGAAAACGUCAGAUGAUAAUGAUUCAAGAGAAGAAGAUGCGCGUUUCAGACAAUCUUAGUGAACAGAAGAAACUAACCGAUGAGGAUUUAAACGAGCUUAAAGGAUCCAUUGAGCUAGGUUUUGGUUUCAAUGAAGAAGCAGGACAAAAGCUUUGCAAUACAUUACCAGCUCUUGAUCUUUACUUUGCAGUGAAUCGUCACCUCUCACCUCUGGCUUCACCUAGCAGUAGCCGUAGCAGCAGCGCAUCUGCAUCAGCUUUCUCGAUGAAUAUACCAUGUAGCCCGAAGAAAACUGAUUCAGAUUCAUUAAAGAUCGUGUGUCCAGGGGACAAUCCGCAACAAGUGAAGCAGAGAUUGAGACAUUGGGCACAAGCAGUUGCAUGUUCUGUGAUGCAGACAUAUUGAUAAGUGUAUAUGUGAUUGUAAGAUUUUCUUUUAAAGGAUGGGAAGUAAGAGAAUCACUUUAUGGCUGUGUAUAUACUUUGUGUAAAGAGAACAAAAGAUAAGAAACAAUAAAGCCUUUCUUGUUCAUAAACUGUAUAUACCAAAAAGAUUUUGAUAUGGUCUUGGAUUGUGUAAUAAAAAAGUGAGAAAUUCUUUUGA